AAUGUCGAGAGGAUCAAGCAGCGAAAAUGGCGGACCUGGAAGCAGUUUUAGCCGAUGUUUCCUACCUUAUGGCGAUGGAAAAAUCGAAAUCCACGCCAGCAGCAAGAGCCAGCAAGAAAAUAGUUCUCCCUGACCCAUCAGUUUACCAUGUAAUGCAUAAAUAUCUCAGCGAAAGGAACGAAGUAACUUUUGACAAAAUUUUCGACCAGAGAUUAGGUUAUCUACAGUUUAAGGAAUUUUGCCAAACGCAGUGCGACGAACCAGUGCCUCAAUUGUAUUUCUACGAAGAUGUGAGUACAUUUCUAUUUUUCAGCACAGUACAACACUUCGCGUUUUAUGACUGUACAGCCGCAAUUCUGUAUAAUUUCUAACCUAAAUGUAAAUGUCUAUAUUGGGUUGGGCAGUUCAAAAUAGCGUCUACUCCAGUAUUCAUUCGGUAUAAAACAGCAUGGUCUCGAAGUGUUGGCAUUACUAUAAUUAUAUUUUGUGUCUCUGAAAGGCUCGAUUUUCACGUUUCGAGCGAGAUCGAUGUUAUCCACUAUAAUACACAACAAAACAACAAUCCAAAGAGCUGACUUUAAGACGCCUAAAUGUAUUUCUCGGGGGUCUAAAAGUGAACUUUUUGUUCCUUUAGUGUAAUUUCCGUUGAUAGUUUCUUCUGGUUCAUUGUAAUUACACUUAUUUUUUUAGUGACUAAUUUUACUUCGGAUCACGAUCGUCCAACUUUAGGGCCAACAAUAUUGUAUGCCGCUAACUCGGAAAACGGAAAACUGAGCAAACGAUGAAUUAUAUAUGCAGUAUGGGGAACAGUCGAGCAUACCUUGUAUAACUGGAAGAUUUAGCUUUAGUGUUUAUACUAUAAGAUGAGUUCUGUAUCUGCCUGCACAGUGAGAAAGCCAUUCGAAUGUACAGUAAUGACAGAUCGGGCGUACUUGGAACUUUACYGAUCGAUCGAMACACAAAUCUAGAUUUAUAUUUUCACCUUAUUGUGGUUAGUGUUACUACUAGAUGGCAGGGAAAAACACAGCUCGUACAAAUCAACCAUGCGGAUAUAGUCAGUACAGAUGUGGAAAUCUCACAGUUUGGUCGGCCAAGCAGAAAAUCGAAAGGCCGCAGCAGUAUUUUAAUAUUUUAACUUCUUGUGAUCACUUGGAACAUCUAAGCAAAUGAUUUCUCGUUAAAAGUCUAAGUCAAUACUCAACUUUCAUUUCAGUAAAUUUUAUCAAUCUUUCACUGCAAAAACUCAUCGGCUCUUAGAAUAGAAUUACAUGAAAAAUACCAGUCAGAGCAAUGUGCACUGUGAGUAUUUCUUCUUGGAAAUGUUGCCUAUCGAAAAUUAAAGACCUCCUAGAUCUUUAGACUUGCUUUAAUAUUUAUGUAUUAAAACUUAUGGGUACAAAUAUCUUAAAGUUAUUUAUUAUAACCAAGAUUUCUUUUCGAAGACCACAAGAAUUCCUCAAGGAAAAUACAAUAAAUAUACGAUAAAACAUAACCAUUGUGAAAUAAAUAUAGACUAGAGCAGUAUUGGGAAACAGAAGUGCAUUUAGAUUUUAAUAAUUCAUUGUUUAUUAAGAGUUUUGUUUUUAUGCAUAUCAAACGUCUAAACUGGAAGUUUUUUUACGAAUAAGUAAUAUUUUAUGAGAAUCGUGUAAGCCAUAUAUUUUUAAAGGGUGGAACAAGGAUUUAAACUAUUGAUUGAGAAAAAAGUGAUCUAAGUUUCUUCGGUAAAAUGUCUUAGAAAAAAAUUAAAGAAAGAAAGUAAUACUGCUGCCUUCAUUGUGUGCAGGUGUUUGCAUGAUAUUGGAUCCUGUUGAAAUAACAUUAUAUUGAAAUGUUUUAACAAUGAAUACAGAAAAAGCCUCUAGAAUUAUCAUAUGGUAAUUCUGCAAAACAUUGGGAAUGUCUUGUCAGUCAGUCUGUUACUCUGAAUAUAGUUUCAAUUUCACACUUUUAUCAUUUAUUUAAAGUUAGUGAUUUCAUAAUAAGCACUGUAGCACACCUAUAGUUGUUUUUAGUUUAGCUUGAUAAGUUGUGUGACUGGUCUAUUGUGUAAAUGCAUUGAAAGUUUGAGAGGAAGUAUGAGAUGUAACUACUAAUAAAAACCAUUGGUAAGUACAUAAGUUGAUUCCAAGUAGCUGUGGCCAUUUACUCUUUUACUGUGUGAAGAUGAGCCACUGGUGAGAUGUGUUUAAUAUGUGUUUAUUAAAAAUUACAGGUAGCUUAGAACCGCAUUCAGUUAUCUACUUUGCAUUCUUAAUUAGAUAUUAUUAGCAUCAUUGCUUCRAAGUCUUGUGCAAAUAGAAUUGCUACACUUGGUGGUUUUCUCAUUUUUGUAUGACUUGUACUUAUUUUUCUAGUGAAGAAAAAAGGUGAGAAAAUAUCUGUUAAAAUUUUAAAUGAAUAUUAAUCUAUCAGUAGGCAAUAUCAAAACCAAUUUGA